AGAGGGUGAUAUUGUCUCAAUUCAUUCCAUUUCCUUUUGAGAUUACCAAGAUUGAGAAGAAAUCUGUUCCAUAUUAGAAAUUUCUUGUUGCAAUUCGAAAACACGAGAGGCAUUCUCGGCUUGCCCAUACAUGUCUUUCAGAGAAUCCUAUAAUUCUUUGGAUGUUUCAGAGUAUGCAAAUAUUUCAAAUAAAAUUUGUUUCACAUAAAAUUUCUCAAUACAUGCACCUACAGAAUUAGCGAACCAAACACUCUUUAAUCAUGGGUCGAAUCUGUCUUGCUUGUGCCAAAACCCACCCAAUUACCCAAUAAACCCAUACCCGUACCCAUACCCAUACCAUGCGACCACUGAAUAAGCUGUAGGUAUUCGAAUUCGAUUCCCCUGGUCUAAUUUGGGCUUUGAUCAGUGAGUCCGUUCUGCAAGAUUGAAAGCUCCAGGCAAUCUGUUCUGCAAGUUUGAAAGCUCGAGGCAAACAUCAUGCUACAAGAUCUAGAACGUGGAGCUACUAAGUUAAUUUCAUUCUCUGGACCCCUUUCUUACCAGAAGAAAUGGAUAUUCCCCUACCUUUGGACAAAUUAUCUUUGGGAACUAGAGAUCAAGAUAGCCCAUCAGAUGGUGUAACCAAGAACCUUAUUUAUGUUGUUCUCUUAGCAACUGGAAGUUUCAAUCCUCCUACUUAUAUGCACUUACGCAUGUUUGAAUUGGCAAAGGAUGCAUUGAAUUCAGAAGGUUAUUGCGUGAUUGGAGGUUAUAUGUCACCUGUGAAUGAUGCAUACAAGAAGAGGGGCCUUAUAUCUGCUGAACAUCGGAUUCAGAUGUGUGACCUAGCUUGCAAAAGUUCUUCAUUCAUAAUGGUGGAUUCAUGGGAGGCAAAGCAAAGUAGCUUCCAACGAUCUUUGACUGUUUUGGCUCGGAUACGGAGCUGCUUGUCUGAGAAUGGAUUGAUUUCCGGAAAAUCCCUCAGGAUCAUGCUUGUAUGUGGUUCGGAUCUACUUGAAUCUUUUAGCAUCCCUGGAGCUUGGAUCCGCGAACAGGUCAGAUCCAUCUGCAGAGACUAUGGAAUUGUCUGCAUAAGGAGAGAAGGAAAAGAUAUUGAGAAGAUUGUCUCUUCGGAUGACAUUCUAACUGAAUAUAAGGACAACAUCAAAAUUGUGGAUGAGCUGAUACCAAACCAAAUCAGUUCAACUAGAGUAAGGGAAUGCAUAUCAAGAGGGUUGUCCGUGAAAUAUCUGACGGCUGAUGAAGUGAUUGACUAUAUCAAGCAGGAGCAUCUAUACUUGAACUCAAACAAUGCAUAAUCCUCAAUGGAAUAAAUAUUUCGGCCAUCUUCUAAGGAUGGGUGAUUCUGGUGAUUUGAAGAAUUGUGGUAGUUUGAAUUGGGGCAAUUGUGAUUCAAUUCCAUCACCAUCAUCCACAUUUAUUAUAUUGAAGAUUAGCAUUUAAAGCUUUAUCAAAUAAAUUAAAAAAAAAUUUUAAUUAAUUAAUUAAGUUGGAAGCUGGAAGUGAAAUUGAAGUGGAUAAGAAAUGCAAAUUGGUGAUUUUGAAGAA